AUGGAGCUCCAAGUCAAGUCAAAGGUCGACGACAUGGAGCGGCAGGUGGAGGAGCGAUGCAAGCGGCUUAAAACUCUCAUGGAUGGAUACGUGGAAGAAUUGAAGAAUCAAUUCAUUCGGGAUACCAUUCCAAUUCCCGAGAAAAUUCGAUCCAUGCCCAUCGACUCCUUUCUCCUCGAAUAUAAGGGGGACUUGUCGUCGUUCGGCGAGCAAACGUUUUCCAGUAAUGGAUCUCCCAUUGAAGCCGACCCAUUGCCCAUUUCAUCAGCAACAAAAGGAAAGCUAUUUGUAAUGAUGGACGAAACCAACGCGACCCACAUGAAUAUUGUUAUCAAAGACAAAACGACCAAUGCCGAAUCUGUUGUCGACAUCACCAACGGCAAAGACCUCUUGCGCCUGACACAAAACAGCGACAAAGAGCAAGCGAGGCUUGCUUUGAAGAAAAUGCAAGCUUAUCUCGACAAUGUUUUGGAGCACCUUGACGGGGUGCCUUAA